CUAAAAAUGAAUAAAUAAAUCCAAUUUAAUUUGUUUAUUAUUUGUAUCCGCGUGUUGCUUGUAUCCGGUAAAUAGCGCUUUUCUUUUUUACGUCCAACAUUUUGCAUAAUUAGAAAAUAUGGCAGAUGAGGAAUUCGAGCAGGUUUCUUCUGGAGCUUCAGAGACGUUUCCAAUGCAAUGCUCAGCUUUAAGGAAAAAUGGAUUGGUAGUACUAAAAGGUCGUCCAUGCAAAAUAGUUGAGAUGUCAACAUCAAAAACUGGUAAACAUGGGCAUGCUAAAGUACAUUUAGUAGGAAUAGAUAUUUUUUCUGGUAAAAAAUAUGAGGAUAUUUGCCCUUCAACUCAUAAUAUGGAUGUACCCAAUGUGUUAAGACAAGAGUUACAACUUGUAAAUAUUGAUGAUGAAGGAUAUAUGGAAUUAAUGGAUGAUAAAGGUAAUACUAGACAAGAUUUGAAGUUAGAAGGUGAUUUAAAAAAGGAUAUAAUGGACAAGUUCAACAAUGAAGAGACAAUUUAUGUGGCAAUACAAAAAGCAAUGGGCACUGAGACUGCUGUUGGAUUUAAAAAUAUGUCUGAUAAAAAAUAACCGGUAAAUUGAAUUAUUGUUAUGCGAAUUUUAUAUUUGGGAAUCAACAAAAAUUAUGCAUCAAAACCUUCAUCCAAUGUAAAUAAAAAAAUAUAUUACAGCUUUUAAUGCUUAUUUCUUUUUGAUUUUUGUUGUUUUUAUUACAAAUAAAAUGUUAUAAUUAA